AUGACGCCACUGAUCCUCGAAUCUAGGAGUCCAAUCACUCCGAACGCUGACAGUCCGCUCACGUCAAUUGACGUGAGUGUCGUGAUCAGAAAGCAGCGGACGACCUUUCUUUUGGCUUAUGCCAUAGUGUCUGGUCCUCUUAGGCAACCUUUGAGAUUCGGUUCGCUCCUACUUUGUCUUCCAAGGAGCCUUUUGCGCCGAGGGCCGCUCGCAUUGUUUUCAUUUAUAAAUGCCAACGGCGGUAAGCGGAGCGCUCUUAUAAGGGGCAGGGCGACAUUUAUUGAUAACGACAUUUGGCUGCGCUGUGAAGUUGGCUAUAUAGGGCUUGCGACAAUGACCAUUCUUACACCCUCCCCCAUUGUCAUACGGCCGUUUUGGAAACUGCCUACGCCUCGUAGACUGCCCUUCCCGGAACCCGCGCGGCGUAAGCGUUCCUAG